AGCGCGAGAGAAGGUUCUCCUCCUCCCCUGAAGCAACAGCACCCCUUGCCAAUAUGUCGACCAACGAUGGACCCCUCUAUCUGGGCUUCGACCUCUCCACGCAACAGCUGAAAGCAAUCGUUAUAGCAUCCAGUUUAAAGGUUCUAUACGAGGCCAAGGUUGAUUUUGACGCUGAUCUGGCCAAGUAUGGGAUCAAAAAGGGCGUCUUUAUUAACGAGGCGGAGCGGGAGGUCUACGCUCCAGUCGCUAUGUGGUUAGAAGCCGUGGACUUGGUGCUCCAGCGAUUGAGAGAGAAGGGGACACCGUUUGAGAGGAUCAAGGGCGUUUCCGGCGCCGGUCAGCAGCACGGCAGCGUUUACUGGAGCAGGACUGGGGAGGAAUUGCUCGGUGCCCUGAAGCCGGAAGAGACCUUGGUUGGCCAGCUGAAGGACGCGUUUGCCCACCCGUACAGUCCCAAUUGGCAGGACGCCAGUACGCAGAAUGAGUGUGAUAGCUUCGACGCUGCACUGGGCGGGCAGGAGGAGUUGGCAAGCGUUACGGGUAGCAAGGCUCAUCAUCGUUUUACAGGGCCGCAGAUCAUGCGUUUCCAUAAGAAACGCCCGGAGGUCUACCGUGCUACCUCACGCAUCACCCUCGUUUCCUCCUUCCUAGCCUCCAUCUUCCUUGGCCGUAUAGCCCCCUUUGAUAUCAGCGAUGUCUGCGGUAUGAAUCUCUGGGAUAUCAAAGCCGGGACGUGGAGCGAGCCGCUCCUCGAACUUGCUGCGGGGGAAGAUGGCCUCGACUCGUUGAAGCAGAAGCUAGGAAGCGUUCGAGAAGACGGGGGAGGGAGCAUGGGUCCCAUUUCCAAGUACUUCGUGCAGCGGUACGGCUUCCACGAGGACUGCGGCAUUGCCCCUUUCACUGGAGACAACCCCUCUACGAUUCUUGCUUUGCCUCUCCGCCCACUUGACGCCAUCGUCUCUCUCGGAACGUCCACCACAUUCCUCAUGUCGACCCCGAGAUACGUCCCCGACCCCGCAUAUCACUUCUUCAACCACCCCACCACUCCCGGCCUCUACAUGUUCAUGCUCUGCUACAAGAACGGUGGGCUCGCCCGCGAGCGUAUCCGUGACGCCCUUCCCAAGCCCGACCCCCCCACCUCCGACACCUGGAGCACCUUCAACUCCCGCACACUGUCCACGCCGCCCCUCGGCCAGCACAGCUCCUCCGACCCCGCCAAACUGGGUCUCUACUUCCCCCUCCCGGAGAUCGUCCCGAACGUGCGCGCCGGCACAUGGCGCUACACGUGCUCCAGCGACGGCUCCGACCUCCAGGAAACCGCAACGGCCUGGGACGCCGCGGCCGACGCCCGCGCCAUCGUCGAGUCGCAGAUCCUCUCUCUCCGACUGCGCUCCCAGAAGCUGGUGAACCCGCCAUCGGCCUCGCUGCCGCCGCAGCCGCGCCGCAUCUACCUCGUAGGUGGGGGCUCGCUGAACCCGGCCAUCGCGCGGGUCGUGGGCGACGUGCUGGGCGGGGCGGAGGGCGUGUGGCGGCUGGACGUGGGCGGGAACGCUUGCGCGCUAGGCGGGGCCUAUAAAGCGGUGUGGGCGAUGGAGCGGCGACCAGACGAGACGUUCGAGGAGCUGAUCGGGGCGCGGUGGCGGGAGAGCGAGGCCGUAGGGAAGGUGGAUCAGGGGUAUAGGGAGGAGGUGUGGGGGAGGUAUGGAGAUGUGCUGGGCGCUUUUGAGGAGAUGGAGAAGCGGGUGUUGGCGGGGGAGGAGAGGAAUAAAAAAUAA